GAACUCCUCGCCUCCGCCUUGGAAUGCGCACCUCGUGGUUCCCGCGAUCAAUGGGUCUUGACCGUCUCGGUGGGAACGCAGUCCAUCUCGCCCCUGCUGUGGGCCAUUGAUAGUGGGACGUGGGCUGCUGCCGAGUCGAUGAUUGAAGAUCUCUUGACCAUCCGUGCAGAUAGACUGAAGUACUACUAUGGUUUGGAUAGCCUCUUCCUCAGACACCCAGACAUCGUGGAGAUUUUGGCUUUCCGAGCCACCACUCUGCUGCCAACUUUGCUCAAUGGCAUGGUGUGGCGCUCUCAUUUGGUGCAUGGCGGUCUUAGACGUGCCAAUUAUUAUAUCAAACACCUCCUGGUGACCGACAAAGGGACCUUCCCCGAGGCGAUGGAGAACCUCGUGGAGCUUCACGAUCCAAAGAUUACGGUGCAUCCUUUCCUGCUGCGUUUGGUGGAUGUGAUUUGGACUGGUGUGGUGCGAUCGAAGUUCGUUUUUAGAAGUACUUGGCUUUUGUUCAAUUUGAUCCUCUUCGUGCUAAGCCAUGGGAUGCUGAACCAUAGGCAUGAACAGGAGCAUCUUUAUUCUCGCAUCGCCAUGUUCAGCUGCCGCGCGGUGAUCUACUUCUUAGGUAUGACGAACUUGAUUUAUGGCCGAGUUCGGCACGCCUAUCAGGCCAUAAGGGACAACGACCUGGUGGUUGUCUUCGAUCGGAUUCCCAUCCCGAAGCGCUACUUUGACAAUUGGCGGGAACCAGCGAGUCUCUUGCUUGUGCUGAGCCUGAUCGUGAGUUUUUUUAUCGAGCCAAUCUUCUUUUGCCUGCAGCAUUCAGAGGGCAACUUCGAAGGAGCCGGGAUUUUCACCGACAACUGUCCAGAGGCACAAGGUAUUUGUGAAGUGUACAGUGCCUUGCCAUGCCUC